CUCGCUUUCUCACUACCAUGGAAGCAGCCAUUGCGCAACGACACUCACCAGCACGCAGAUCGUGAUCUCUUUUUGAUGCCAUUGCGGGAGAGAAACUUGUCUUUUGUACACGUGGCUGAGUGCAGGGCAGCUGUUCUUUGGACGUGGCUUCAGGUAUGAGUCUUCUCCGCUCAUCUGCCCGCAUUGCGCGGCAAAUCCCCAAUGCUCGCGCUGCGGUCAUCACCCAGCAGCGAUAUGCCUCCAAGUCGGUUGAAUUCGGCAAGAAAGCCCGCCAGGAGAUGCUGGAGGGUCUUGACACACUGGCUCGUGCUGUAACCGCCACCCUGGGACCCAAGGGUCGUUCCGUCAUCAUUGAGCAGAGCUGGGGUGCUCCCAAGAUCACCAAGGACGGUGUAACUGUAGCCAAGUCUGUUGUCAACCUGCCCAACAAGCUGCAGAACGUCGGUGCCAACUUGCUCCUUCAGGUUGCCAAUAACACCAACGACGAGGCCGGUGAUGGUACCACCACUGCCACCGUCCUUGCCCACAAGAUUGCCACCAGUGGUCUUAUCGCCAUUGAGAGCCAGAAGGUCAACCCCUAUGAAGUGCGCAAGGGUAUGCAGAAGGCAGUUGAUACCGCUCUGGAGCACCUGAAGACCGUCAAGCGUGAGGUCAACUCCCACGAGGAGGUCAUCCAGGUCGCCACCAUCUCCGCCAACAAUGACCACGCCACUGGAUCCCUGAUUGCUGAUGCCGUGCGCCGUGUUGGCAAGAACGGUGUCAUCACUGUCAAGGAUGGAAAGACCCUGGACGAUGAGCUCGAGGUCACCGAGGGCAUGAAGUUCGACCGUGGAUUCAUCUCCCCGUACUUCUGCAACAAGGCCAACAAGGUUGAGUACCAGGAUGCCUUGGUUCUCAUCUCUGAGAAGAAGAUCAGCAACAUCCAGGCCAUCAUCCCUGCAUUGGAGCUGGCUGCCCAGCGCCACCGCCCCCUGGUCAUCCUGGCUGAGGACAUCGACGGAGAAGCUCUUACCACCAUUGUCUUGAACAGGCUGAAGAGCGGCCUCCCCGUUGUUGCCAUCAAGGCCCCAGGCUUCGGCGACAACCGCAAGCACACUCUUCAGGACAUCGCCGUCUCUCUUGGCGCCAAGGUCUUUGGAGACGAGGCCAUGAACUACAAUGUCGCUGAUGUCAAGCUUGAGGAUCUCGGUCAUGCCGGAGAGGUCGUCGUCACCAAGGAGGACUCCCUUCUCUUGCACGGUAAGGGAGAGGCAGAUGCCAUCUCUGCCCGCGUCAAGCAGAUCCAGGCCGAAAUUGACGAGACAAACAGCAACUACGAGAAGGAGAAGCUGCAGGAGCGUCUUGCCCGUCUUGCUGAUGGUGUUGCCGUGAUCAAGAUCGGUGGCAGCUCUGAGGUUGAGGUUGGUGAGAAGAAGGACCGUGUCAAUGAUGCGCUGAACGCCACCCGUGCUGCUUUGGAGGAGGGUAUUGUGCCCGGUGGUGGUACUGCUCUGCUGCGAUGCGCUGCCCCAGUGCGCGAGCUGCUCAAGAACGACACCCUGAGCCACAGCGAGGCCGUCGGUGUCCAGAUCGUCAGCGAAGCCCUGUCGCAGCCGUGCCGCAUGAUCGUCAACAACGCCGGCCUCGACGGCGAUGCCAUCUGCGAGAGCAUCCUGAAGGAGGGCCCGACACGUGGCUUCAAUGCCCUGAAUGGAGAGAUGACCGAUAUGCUGCAGAGCGGUAUCAUCGACCCCACCAAGGUCGUGCGCACCGCCCUCGUGGAUGCUGUCGGCGUCGCAUCGCUGCUCACCACAUCCGAGGUGGUCAUCACCGAAAUGCCCGAGCCCAAGCCCGCAGCACCAGAGGGUGGCGGUGGUAUGGGAGGCAUGGGAGGAAUGGGCGGUAUGGGUGGAAUGGGUGGUUUCUAACUCUACCCUCUAUCUCUCUCUCUCUCCUUCUAGUCCUGCUCGUCCUGCUGCCAAUGCUGCCUCUGCUACUGUGUGUACAAAAUUUACAUUUUAGUUUGUGUUUUUUACUUUCCAUACAACACAAUGGCAACAAACUAACAAAACAA